AUGUGGAAGGUGCCAGUUCUGUUUUUCAUUUUGGGAAGCGCAUCGUUCUGGGUCCUGGCAGAAGGAGCCAGCACGGUCCGGCCAGAAGAUGAUGUGACUACAGGUGUGAAAGAUGAGAAGACGACCCUGGGUGUGGAAGAUUACAUGACAACCCCAGCUGCCAGUAAAGAACCCUUGGCAACUCCGAGGCCGACAGGAACAGAGAAUGUAACACAAAGUCACAGAGAAGAUCUGCCAACAGGCGAAAGCACAACAGCCAAAAGCACACCUGUCCAGAGCACAACUGCCAAGACCACAGUCCAUACUCAUGUACCAGCAACUAGUCACUCCCAGGGGAAAAUAGAUGGAGAAAAACCGAAAGUCGCUCAGAAAGGUGGCUUGUCAAUGGGGACCCUGGUUGCAAUCAUUGUUGGCGUCUUACUAGGCAUCGCAAUCAUUGGUGUAAUCAUCCGUGUGAUUUACCGGAAAAUGUCGGGAAGAUACUCGCCCUAA